AUGACUGACGCCGAACAAACUAUCAAGAAUCAAAAAACCCAAGAAGCAGAACAAAGCUUAAGGGUAUUUUUACGUUCAGAAAAUGCUACUUUACCAACUAGAGGAUCAGUCUUAUCUGCUGGAUAUGAUAUUUACGCUUCAGAAGAAGCUGUUAUUCCAGCACAAGGCCAAGGUUUAGUUGGAACUGAUAUAAGUGUUGCAGUUCCUAUUGGAACUUACGGAAGAGUUGCUCCAAGAUCUGGUUUAGCUGUUAAACACGGUAUUUCUACUGGUGCUGGUGUUAUAGAUGCCGACUACCGUGGUGAAGUCAAGGUUGUUCUUUUCAAUCAUGCACAGAAAGACUUUACAAUUCAAAAAGGUGAUAGAAUUGCUCAAUUGGUCUUGGAAAAGAUCGUGAUGGCUGACAUUAAACAAAUCACUGCCGAAGAAUUGGACAUCACUGCUAGAGGUGAAGGUGGAUUCGGAUCUACAGGUAAGAAUUAG